AUGACUGCGAGAGACUCCUUGGGACGUUCCGCUGCUGAUGAAGUCUCCAAAACUAUUUGCCGUAACAAGCACUUUUCUUGCUCCGACUGCCGCCAAAUCCAUCCGGACACACAUACAACGCAACAAUCCCAACCAGAGUGGAGUGAGAGCUACGCAACGUAUCUUUACAAGCGAUGGGACCAGGAGUAUCAGCUUUAUUACUGGGUCCACUACGUAGAAGGGGAGGGUUGGAGUUUCUUCGAUUGGGUUCCAAGAGAGUAUGAUCGUACAAAUCUGACCCCUAGUGCUACAGCUCAACCAGGCUCAGCUUUUGGGAGACAUAGAGGCUAUGAUAUACGUGGCAAUAACGAUCGCGUCCAUCCAAUGUCGAAUAGCCGCUUUGAGCAAUUGGAUCCAUCUUUCUAUGUGAGGGACCAAAGCUUCUUCCAGCCUGGAAAAGUAUGUCUUCACGACCUUGCUGUUGAUGAAGGGUCAUCUGUAAUAACACAGUACGAUGAAUCUGUUUCUCUAAUCAGGUACGGAGAGUACGUGUGUAGCCAGAUCCGACGCUUUAUCGUUGUCUGGAGGAAGAAAGGGUUCGCCUACUGCGUCCCUAUCUCUACCUAUAAUGGCCAAGGAACCAGGAUGCAUGGUGUUGUGCCCAGUGAGCAUGCUAUAGCGUUCUCGUACGGAUCCCAACCCAUGCUCAUAUCCGGCGAAGCAGAACUUGAGAAAGAGCCUGUCUGCAUAAUCAUGAGCCCGGAGCAACAACCUCUCAAUAUCGAUUCUCGGAUCUUCUUUGGAAUGCAACAUCCCAUACAAUACAACGUGAAAGUAAAGGACCUAGGUUCCGUUCACCCCGACCAUCUUACCAGAUUUCUAGGCUACUGGGCGAUGGAGCAUCAUAUCGGUACUAUGCAAGAUAUGCAGAAAUUUGGUCAAGAAGAGACAUCGGCAAUUAUAGUAGAUUUGUAA